GCGACAUACUCGUCAUCCUACGCCGUAACUGUCGUCUUCUCUUGCGUCCUCAUUGCCUCUCCAUCUAACCAUGGCCGACUCGGACUCUUCUUCGUUGUCUUCUGCACCAUCCUCCGACGACGAGGAAAUGGCACAGAAAAUGGCGUUGAAGCCUACGGGAUUGGAUCGAUAUUUCAAGCCGGCGCCCAAGCCUGAAGCCACCCCCGAACCUCCUAAACGCGCACCCUCACCACCCCACGAAUAUACCUUGGCCGACAACCCGACGAUUGCCUUCAUUGUUAUGUUCAGAAGCCGAUUCAGCGACGUGUUUCCCAAGUCUCUACCGAAUUACGGACCGCAAGACAUUGAAAGAGGGGUGGCGGGAGAACUUCCUGACGAGCAUGUGGAGAGACUGCUGUGUGCGCUUUUGGGUCUCGUCUUGAACAGAAAGAAGGAUGUCGAGUUAGUUUCCGCGCAUUGGACGACUCGCUGCCCAACAGCGAGCUCCUCGGACAUCACACGUUGUAUUUCUAACCCUGGGUAGACGCGGACACUAUGGCCGGGCACUUGAAGAUGCGCUCUCUGCGAACCACAGCCAAUGGCCAGCUGAGUGGAAGGGAGUCAGCCCUCUUCAUGGAGGGAAAAAUUUCAACAACAUGAGCCCGGAGGAGAGGCUGAGCCUGUUAAAAGCUCUUGUUCUCUGGUCUCUUAAUUCCUCUGAAGCCAUUCAAGCCCUCAUCAAAGAGUCUUACAAGCAGACGCGUCGGGACGACGACCGAAACCAGCCACGCAGCGUUCAACCUUGGUUCUCAGACCAAUAUCGCCGAAAGUAUUGGCUCAUCGAAGGACAGGACGACUCGCAUUUUCGAAUUUACAGAGAAAAUGAUGGCAAGACUGCAAAGACAAACACAUGGUUCAGCGUCGCUGGUUCCAUUCCAGAUGUCAUGGCACUGGCAGACAAGUUCGCCGACGAACAUAGUUCCAAUUCAAAAGUGAUUAGCGACAAGUUACGGGGAGCCAUUCCCAGGUUCGAGGCUGGUGAAGAGAAGCGCAGACGUCGCGACUACCGCCUUGCCCGAAAGGCCGCAUUCGCUCGACCGGAACCCGGAUUCUCAUUGUACGAGGGACGAACACGUGGAAAGAGAAUGAGAUAUACGUAUUCAGACGACGAGUAUGGGUCGGACGGACUCUCCAGCAAACGAUCCACGCGCAAUUCCGGCAUAUCUACCCCUCUAGAGACAGGGCCGACCGUUACCGCCAGCGGCAGGCAGGUCAAGUCGAGGGUGGGUGGUUUGUACGGUGAGAGCAUGUUGAUCGACCAGCGCAAGGAGCUGGAAAGAGUGGCGGGUGAAGGCAGCUUUACGGAGACAAGCGAGGACAUGCCCGCCACCAUGCCCACUUCGCGUGCUGUAAGAACAUCGAGGUCAGGAAGACAAGUCAAACCGACCAGACAGGGUUAUGCCGAUCAAAUGGACUCAGAGGAGAGCGAAGAAGCUCAAUCGUCAGGUAAAGAAUGGAGUGGAAACGAAGAUGAGCCAGACGAGUCAGAGCCGGACUUUGACGGAGAGGACGAAGGCGACGACGACGAUGAGGACAUGAGUGACGAGGGCCUCGAACCUGACGAGGUGGAGGAGGAUGAAAAUACUCAAGAAAGCUUGGUUGUGCAACUACGGUAUCGGAAAGACGCUGAGAAGCCUGCCUCCACGCCGAUGGCACAAGUUCCACCUCCUCAGUCUCCCCUUACAUUGAAUGGAGCAUCAGCAGCUGUCAAUGGUUUGCAGCAAGUGCAGGCUCCACCGAGGCCGAUACAACCCCUAGGAGACAUGACGGAUACGAGUAAUGAUGCCCCACGAAACAAUGUGACAGCUGCAGGCCCGCAACAUCUGCAGAACGGUGUGAAGAUGACGGACCACCACGACGCUCCUCGACCGCUUCCGACGGUCCACAUCCCAAUCCAGCCCAUGGACAUAGCUUAGCGAGUACGAAGUCACCCCUGGCUACAAAUGACGAGGGAAGGUGGCCCGUUUCGGAGAAUGCUAGGGACAAGAAUAUAGCAGAGGUCGGGCUCCUUCGAAACCCUAACGAACAGGCUGUGCGAGGAGAGUCUGGUGUACAAAUUGUGCGAGUUCUCUCAUUGUUAGAGCAGGCCAGAUGUGGCCAGGAGGAAGAAUCUGCAAAACCUAGGAGCAUUGCCAUGGCAUGACUUUGGAACAUAUCUGCUUUCCUCGCUCGCUCUCCCUGAGGCUGAUCCGGGAGAAGUGCUUCUUUUCUCUCUUCACCUUCUCUUUCUCCCUCAGGAACUUCCUGGUACGAAGCAUUUGGUUGGCUGGACGUCCAAAUGUUCCUUGAUCAUUAUUCAUUGUCGUUUCUAUCUCUCGAAUAGGUGGCACCCGAUCUUAGUCACGGAGUAUUCUACUUCUACCAUAGAAAGAGAAUCUGGCGCUGCUAGAGUCUGAUCUACACAGAGGGAGGGAGAAAGCCAACAAAC